GAAUUUCGUUAGCCAAUCAAUUGUGCCCAAACACCACUAUGCCAGUAUUUCGCGCGAAUUGCUGAAGAAGGGGAAAUCUACAUGUGAUAUUUCCAAAAGAUCUAGAUGUUCCAGGAAAGAUGAUGGUUAUGGCUGCCAAUGACAGCGACAUGAACAUCAUUAGCAUAUUGACAACGCUGCAGUCUAAAAUAUCAAGCAAAGAUGACAGAAUCAAAGCUUACACAAACUUCAGCAAUCUCAUGAAAGAGGAUGACCUGAGCCUGUUCAAUAUGGAUGUGGCGAAGAAUGCGGAUCAGAUCUGGUCUGUCUUACAACAGGACAUCAUGAGUGACCAAUCCCUUGUGGCCCACUCUGCACUACAAGUCCUAGGAUUUUUUCUCCACGACAUCGAUAAUGUCAGGAACCUGUCGGUGGUGAAUGUUGAGACUGUGAUACCUGCCCUGAAGGAAUGUGUGUCAAAGACAGAAGACAAGACAACAUGCACUCGUGCUUUGUGGUGUCUCGGCCAACAGAACCUGUCUACUGAUGUCGUCAACAAAAACGUCGAUGUGAUGCUAGAUUCUGCAGAGUUUGCCAUGGAGAAGUGGAAGGCACAGUCCAUCACUGUGGAAAAUGAAGCAUCAAAUAUCAUUUCAAGACUUCUGGAAGUGUGUCCUACAGCGAUGAAUAACCACAUUGCCCGUUGGGGAAGGAUUUUACUUCAACAGUUGGUCCACACUGCUAUCAAAAUCAGGGAGAAGGCAUUAGAGGUUGUCACCAUACGGCUGUCAUCCCUGAUGACUGAGCAGAAAGUGCUUGCCAAGUUUGUGACGACAGAUUUCAACAAGAAAUUUGGAGCAGAAAUGGAAAGAUUGUUUGGAAGUAGGCAUGAGGUUCAUGUCCUGAAAACGUGGGGAAUACUUAUCCAGAUUUUAGGAGAUGAGCUUCAUAGGGGCAGUUUCAUCAACCAUGUACUACCAAUAGCAGAGUUAGGGUUCAAGAGUUCGAACACAGAGGUGAAAAGUGUGACCUUUCAGGCAUGGCAACAACUGAUUGACAACUUUGCUACCAAUAACAGUAUCCUGACAGACCCCAAGCGGAUCAAACUAGUGAUGCAAGUGUUCAAGUUAAACAACGCUAAAUCUGAGAGUGUAGCACUUGUCAAGCUUCAGGUGUGGUGGCACUUUAUCUGGCUCCUUGGCCCGAAGGCCUCUGUCCACUUUGAUCAGGUGUGUGUGCCGCUCCUGCACUUUUGUCUUGGAGGAGGAAAGCUGAAUAAUCACAUGAAUGGAGCAGCAACACCACGAGGUCUAAAAAACGGGACAAGUCCCAUCACUCCCCAGAUGAACCUCAGUACGCUUGGCUCCUCCAGUGCACCUCCCGUUAUUCCUUCCCUACAGCUCAAGGGCUGUGAGAUACUGGCCCAUAUCCUUGGCAACUUGCCCAACGACAUUGAUUUCCCUCGUCCAAGUUAUACAGUUGAUCCACUAAGUCAUGAAAUCAUCACUGGGCCAUCAAGUUUCUACAAGCAUGCUAAUCUCCUAGUCAACAGUACUGCUGAAGUCAUCUGUACCCUUAGCAACAAAAUCCCUGAGGCCCUUUUAUACCAGAUAUGGUACUCUUUGCUGGCUCACAUGAAGAAUGCCCUGGAGCACCUUAAGACUGAGAUGAGGGAGAUACUCACUUCCUUUCUGACCCAGUUCCAGGUCAUCAUACUUAGCCAGGCCCUACCUCAUAAAGUGUUACUGAAAAUGUUUGAGGUGGUGUGCUGUCUUCCUAGAAAGUCGUUAACCUCCACGGCCUACAAUGUUGGCAACGGGGAGAGGAUUCAUGGAACCCCUGCCCUAUUUCUCACUGAGCUGCUCCUUACUCCGGUACUAUUGUCCAAUGGAACAGUCUCGGAGAGCUACAUGACACUAUUUGGAAUACUGGUUGACUGCGGUAUUAGCACAUCGUCAGGAUCAUUGGAGUUCUGCCAUUCUACGGUACGAAUGUUGGAACAGAAUAAAGAGUUUGUGGUAAUUCCAGAAAUGAUGUGGAGACUCUGGAGUGGUUUGGUGAACCCACUGCAUGAACACAUCAAAAAGACUAAUGAAGUAAACCAGGGAGAUGCAUUGGAACAUAACUUCAACAGUCUGUAUGCGGUUCUGAUGUUCCCCGUACAACAGAGUCUUGUCACCUCUAUGCCUCAGGCCUCUGUGAAGACAAUGCUGAAGUCUUGGUGUGAUUUAUAUAAGACGUUUGCCCGGCUGUCGGCCCUUGUUUCCAAUGCAGAACCCAACAUAUGCUGUGAGGAAUUGUGCCAAAGAGUUCUCAAGCUCACCACUGAUGACCAUGUCGAGGAGGUUGGAUAUCUAGACUUUGUAUCCCAAUGCUGUCUGUCCAUGGUCAAUGCUGUGGACUUCUCGUCGCUAGGAGCUGCUCCAUCCUUCAAUCUCAAUGGCCUGAGUCCAGCUAAGUGGGCCAAGAAGAAACAGAAACCUAUGGACAACAUCCAAAGCUUGGUGAUACUGAGCAAACGGAUUCUAGAGGCCACACUGACCAUGGCAACAAAAGGGGAUUCUGGGAAGAAACCUGGUGUUGGUUCCAUUCAUAAUACGGCUGCUGCCAUUGUUGAGGUCCUCACACAUCUUUUCACACACAUCAACACUUCCAGUGUUAUACUUCCUAUGAUUGGUCAACUGGCUCAACCAAUAGCAGACCUUCUCCAGGGAUCAGCUGGAAAGACAACAUCUAAGAUAUACACCAGUAUCUUCCAGCAAAAGGUGGAAAAGUUAUGGCAAACGUUGACAAACUCAGUACAAAACAAAUUCACAUCCAAGGCCGACUCCGUACUUCUUGCGACAUUAUCCCCCAUGCUAGAAGCAACAUUUCUACAUCCAAGAAGAGCCAUGAAAAACAUCACUACCAAUUUUUGGAAGACGGAGUUUAGUCAGUCAGCACCCUUGGUUUAUCCAGAGAGUCUCAAGCCUGUACUUUGUAAAGUGAAGGAGAAGUCCUCCAUUGUCCUGCCUGGUUGGUCAGCUGUCAGUAUCUCUGUUGUCGAGGAAACACCAGUUAGUCAAAUGAGCCAGGCCGAAUCACAGGCACCGGAACCUCGGCUACCUGGAAUGCCGUCCCCUGUCAAAAUGCAUGGCAGUUUCCUCAACAAAGCUGUGUCACCACAUAUAAAAAAAUCUCCUGCUAAACCUGUUGCUAUGGAAACCAAGGCACCAGAGAUUGUCAAGCGAGAUCUUCUGUCUGUUAGUGGGAUGAAGAAUGAUGAUUUUGUUGUGAUAAAAUCUCCACUGAAAAAGAAGAGGGUUCUCACAGAACAUCAGAAGGAAGUCUUCCGAGAGAAAAAGUCUUUCCCAGCCAUGUACAAUUCGUUAGACCUCUCUCAAGAUGUCUCCAUGAUGUCAUCACAGUUCGGUAAUGAGAACACACAGAACGAGUCUCAGUUACCAAGUUUGGAUUCUGUAAUUGUCAUUGAUUCCUCAGCCUCCCAGGUGUCACAGUCAAACACGCAGCAAGAUGGCAGUAUGAAGGAGACAAGAAGAGAGGAGAGCAAAUCUGACACAAAGUUAAUGAAACAACCUGGAAAAAUAAGGCGACGAAGAUCUGUGAGAUUCCGUGACUCGGAUAAACAAGAUGAGGUAGAUUCUAUACAACCUACAAGUGUUGAUGACAUUGAAUCUCGUAGCAUCAACCACUUCUCCUGUGAUCCAGCAAGCAAUGGACAAACUGAGAAUGCUGAGGAGACAGUUGAGAAGUCGUCCCUUGGGGAGGAAGAUAUUCUGUCAUCAGCAGAGAGUGCUGUAACACCUUCCCUCCCUCAGAAUCCUUUAGGGGUCAUAGGACUCUUCGAACAAUUGAGUAGUAAGUCAUUUUCUCUGGACUCUAAAAAAAGUGAUCACAGUUCGUCACCAAAAAAUGAUGAGGAAGAACUGAAAACAUCAGACACACCGUCAAGUGAACCAUUACUGAGCUGGAGUAACAAGCUAACAGCUCUGAGUCAAUCACCUUUGUCAACAUCUCAGCGACAAAUCCGGUCGUCUGCCUCGGCAGACAAAUUACUUGAACAUCCUCCGUCAAGUCAGGAAGAAAACAGCAGUUCUCCCAUCAAGAAAUCACCACAGAAAAGUAAAGGCACAGAAUCGUCUGGACAGGUAACGUUAGAUAAAUGGUUUAAUCAGCCAGCCGUCUCACAAGGGGUUGGGAAAGAAGUGGUCACAGACAGCGUGCAAAGCUCUAACGUUGUAACAGUUAUAGAGGAGACCCAAUCACCUGCAAAACUUGGAUUUAAGGAACAAAAUCCAGUGAAGGAAAGUAGCCCAGACCACGGAAGCCCUGCUCGUCUCCAUCGGCAAGCUGCAACAAGGGGCAGCCACAAGAAAUUAUUUGGUGGAGACACUGGCAAGGAAAUUGAGGACUUCACAGAGGAUUCCAACAUCAUUCCAGCUUCCCCAAAGCAGAGGAGUAAAUUCUCGGGGAAAGUUGGAACACCGGUUCUCAAAUUAAAGCGACUCACUGAUGAUGAGAUCAAGCAGUUCAGUCCGACACGUAAAAAUUCUACACAGAGCAGUCCAUCUGGCAAAUAUACAUCUCAGAAUAGAGAGACUGAAGGAGGGGACCAGAAUUCAGGUACAGUUGAUGAAUUACAUGAGCAUGAUGACUUCUCUGAGAUCCGUCCACUUGACAGUGAAGAUGUUAUACCAAGUUCUCAGGGAUUUACCACUUUGACUGGGGGUGUUGAGAAGUCCGAUCAAAGUCACUUACAAAGUAGUGGGUUCAAAAAAGCUUGUGUUGUUAAUCCUGUGGAAAAAGAUAAGAAGUUACCAGUAACUACACAUGCAAGUGUCUUAGACAUUGAAAUAGACACAGCAGAUCCCGAAUGGGCAUCUUUAACAGAGAAUCUCUUUACAGAAAGUAUGGAUACGGUCUCUUAUGACCCGGGAUUGGACUCAACAUUUAAGGAAAGUACUUUAGCAACACCCAAGAUAUUUGAUACUCGAAAUUGUAAUGAAACCGAGAAAGAGGAAAAUGUACAGACUGAUUCAGCCGAAACCCAGGAGCCAAUCACAUCGGUCUGUGAGGAUAAAUCAUACAACCCUAAGGAAAUCUCAACUAUGGCAAGUGAUGCACCAACUCCAGGUCGAGGCCGCAAACGCAAACAGACUUCUCCAGUGCACAUGUCACCAGACAACAUCAAACGAAAGCGAACUAGAAAAGUUCCAAAAAAAUAUUUGGAUUCUGAUGAGAUUACUUCUGAAGUGGACACUAAGGUCAAGAGAACUCCAAAAUCUGGAACACCUCGGCUGCUACGUAAUCCAAAACGAAAUGCACAGUCCACAACAGAAACAGAGGAGGAGAAAAAUGGUCCCAUACAAGUGAAAGUUGAUAUACAUACAACGCCAGACAAAAAAGCUGAAUGUGCAGAGGAUAGUAUAAAUAGCAAGGUAGAUGAAAAUAAACAAGUAAAUGAAUCGCAAACAACUUUAAACAUCAGCGAUUUGGACCAAAAGUUGCAGAAAGGAGCCAAUGAGAUCACAGAACAUGUACUAUCAAAGAACAGUGAUAUUACUGCAACAGAAGAUAAAGAAUUGAGUGAUGAAAUAAGCAAAGAAAUGUUAGAUGAACUGGAUAGAAAUCCUGAUUUAGAGGAGCUCAAUGGUGAAAAAACACCAGAGGGGAGGUCCUCACGUAGCACGCCUUAUAGGAAGAGUACUACAAAGACAAAGAAGGAGGUUGUUCAGAAGAGGGCAAGACAGAUGGAAAAAACCAUCAUCAUUAACUCUGGAAUUUCAAAUCUGGACAGCGAGAGUUCUGAGGAUGAUACAUGUGUUGGCAAAAUACCUAAAGCAUCAGAAACUCAAGAUCAAGGUUCUCAAAAAAUAUCCCCAGCUGUAGAACCUCUGUCUGAUACAAGCUCUCAGGGGACUCUGAAACCUCUGUCUGAUACAAGCUCUCAGGGGUCUCUGAAAAAUAUCCGUGAAUUUGAUUCUGAUGGACUUGGGCAUGGAGAUAGCUUGUCCAAUUCGGAUGCCCAGUUAACUGCAUCUAAAGGCAAUGAAAAAGCGUUAAAUAAUGAAAAAGAUGUGUGUAGUGAACUAGAGACUGGGAAUACAAUACAGGACUGUAUCAUGGAUUCUGAUUCUAAUAUCCACACAAGUGACAUUCCCGAAAAAGAGGAUGUCAUGGAUGAUGAGCCACUAUCCUUACUUAAAAGUAACAAAGAAGAUAGUGCUCAAGAUAAAAUCAUAACUUUCUCUGAUGAUGACGACGAUGUGCCUUUAAGUCAAAUUAAAUCCCUGAGUAGAAAGAACGGUGAUCUAAGGAAAGAAAGCGAGAUUGAACAAGACGAUAUCGUUGACUUAACUAAAUCACAGGAUUCGAAGGAUUCCAAUGAAAAGAAGUCAUCGAAGAAAAUUGGGGAGAGGAAGACAUUGACACGUUCACAGGCGUCGGUAACUCGCUCAGGAACUAAGAGAAGAUCGCCUUUAAGGAAAGCAAGGGAUAACAAAAAUCUAAGCCUUAAAAAAAAUUCCAGACAGAGAAGUUUGCCAUCCAAGAAAGAUAACAGUGAAAAGGUUGGUAAGGAAGAUGUGUCUAAUUGUCCAAGUCGGGGAAACAAAAGAGAUGUUCAGAAUAAAAACAUGGUAGUUGAAAGUGACAAUGUUCAGAAUAAAAACAUGGAAGUUGAAAGUGACAAUGUUCAGAAUAAAAACAUGGAAGUUGAAAGUGACAAUAUUCAGAAUAAAAACAUGGAAGUUGAAAGUGACAAUGUUCAGAAUAAAAACAUGGAAGUUGAAAGUGACAACAACAAUGAUAAAACCUUUAAAUCGGUCGAAUCGCCAAUAAUGAGAAAAGAAAAGGAAUUGGAUGUAACUCCUCGUAAGAUUCCUGAUAAAUCAUUUGUUCCCACUGGUUGUACUUUGUUUGAAAGUCACUCGGACUCUAAACUGAUAUCUGCUUCGAGGAAAUUUAACAAGACCCGGCACAUUGUGGCUAGACGUAGCAUCUUAAAACAGCCAUCGCCUUCACAGAAUAGUACUGACGAAUCUUCGCCCAUAACUGGGAAAGGAAAAAGGUUUCAUCCAAUCAGAGUUGGUCAUGUGCAUUCACCAUCUGCAUCACCUAGUGCAGGAAUUCUGAAGAAGCAACGACUAAGUGGAGAUAUAGUUACCAACUCCCCAUCACCGCCAGGCAAGCGCCGAGUUUGUUUCGCUCAUCCUUUGACUGUGGAACAAGAAGCUAUAAACCUGACAGAUAAUGAUACUGAUCCAAUCAAAACAGCUGAUUCUAUGAAAUCACCAUCGCCGUUAGUGACAUCCUCCAGGGUUACAUUCUCGUCAGAAAAGUAUUUUACAGUGCCUGUCAUAAUGAGCCCAAGUGCCAAACACAUAAAAAAAUCACUGCCACUAAAUCCUAGUCCGAAAGUGGCAGCAUCAUUCAUUGGUCCGAAUGGUAAUAAGGAGUCACAGCUGACCCAAUCACAGACACAAAGUAGCUACCGAAGUACUCAGGAAUCGCAGCUCAAUUGUACGGACCCUAUCUAUCCUGAACUGUUGGAGUGCUCAGAUAAAGUGGACAAGAUCCUUCCCCAAUUAACUACCUCUAUGUGGAUGAGAGGUCUGGGACAGCUCGUGAGGGCACGUAACAUCCACACGAUUGGAGACUUGUCUGCUCUUACGGAACGUGAAGUUGACAAUCUGCCAAUCAAAUCACCCAAGGUUUCCAUAGUACGUAGUGUACUGCAGAAGUUUGGAACUCAGAUGGAGGCUAGGAAGGUCAAAAACGAGAAACAAGACGCAGCAAAUACCAUGAAGAAAGCACCUGGCGUUGACAUUCCGGAGGAGGAAGGUAUGUCUCCAGUGAAGAAGCCUGGGCCUGUUAUUGUUCUGGAAAGUUUGGAUGUUGAAGUUAUUGAAAUGAAGGAAGAAAAAGGUGACGGUGAUAAUUUGCCAGCCAGCAGUAAAAGUAUGUCGAUUGAUGGUGAUUACACAGACAGUUUACAAUCUAUCACUAACACGUCAAAUUUAGAAAAUGCCACGCAGUCAACGGAAACUUCGACAUCUGCCGCGGGAUCUCUCCUACAGUCACUGGAGGACAUUGUACGUCAGUGUAAUGAUAAAACUAAGUUGAGCGAGUUUAAAACAGCAGAUAUUUUCCAGAUGCACCAUCACCUAACAAACCUGACAGCAAGCUUCAUGUCUGAACUGAAAGAUAGAUGUAAAUGUCCUGAUGCGUAACCUUGAUCAACUAUAUACAAACCACUUGUAUGUCGCUGUACCAAUUACUGUUGUUUGACUACUCCAGUGGGUGAUCUGGUUCUUUACAGCUUGAAUCAGAAGACCUUGUCACUCCAUGUAUUUACACUGGUAGAAGUAUGAAAAUAUGACUGGUUACGUUGAUUUCAGUAAAGAAUACUUCCUAUCUCAGGACUGCAGAAAUGAAGAAAUUCUACACGUAACAAGUUACACUAUCUAGUGCUAUGGGAGACUGGCAGCUAAACAGUAUGAUAUUAUUAUACCUGCUGUGUAAACAUAAAUAUCUCCCCUACACCGUAUCACUACAGAAUAACAGAAAUUUCUCAUUUUUAUUUCGAAAUUCAAAAGCGGGGUUUUUAAGUUUCAUAUCACACCAUAAUGUAAAAUUAUCGCAAGGAGACUGAACAUGCCGCAGCCUCCCAAAACACCCACUCUCCACCCGCAUGUAUGUUGCACACAUGGGAUGCAGUCCUGAAAUGACUUUACCUAUUGAAAGGAUGUUCAUUUAAAAGUAAAUUAGUCAGUUAUAGCCAAAUUGGUUUAAAGUAUAUUAGAAGCUCUUUAAAAUCAUCUGUGAAAACCUAUUGUUUAAACUCUUUGCAUCGACGAGUGAAGUGGCUUAAAAUAUAGACCCCUAUUAUUUGAUGCCUAAAAUCACUUCAAAAAAAUCUGUAAUUUUUAUCUCAUCGUUUACGAGUAACGGCAGUGGGGGCAUUUAUGUCUUACAGACAUUUCUAAUCUAUACCACUAUAUAUUGAGGAUAUCUAACGGUGUAUUAGUAAUACCAAAUAUAUUUCAGAAGUGGGGAUUAUAUUUUGAUACUUUUCCAAGUGAACAGCAGGAAUAAAAAAUAUUAAAAUAUUUGCCACGAGAAAUUUAUUUAGUAUUACUGAAGAAAUUGUUUGAUAUUCUGUUUGUUACAUUUUCAUAGCAAAGUAUACUGAGUCAUCUUUUAAUAUUCCCCAUUGUUGUUUGUAAGCAGUGUUUUUGAUUCAAAUCAGAAAAUGUGACAUUAGUGAAAAAUAUCAUUUUUAUAGAAUGACUAAUUUUUGAUAUUUCACUGGUAAAAAUGUAAUAAAUAUAUAUCUGUGUGCAUGAUUCUAGGAACAGAGAUACUAUAAGAUUUGAAGAUGAAAAUAUCAAGCUAAAGGCGGGGAAUAUCAGAAAAAUGUGGAAGUCUUUUAUAUUUUUAUGAAAAGAGCUGAUGAAAUAUCUGAUAGCUUACAUCUUCCACUGAACAUGUACAGCUACAGUUGACAUCACUUUGCUAAUGUUGAUUUUCGUAAAUUAAGUUACAGUAAUUAUAUAAGGAACAGCCUCGUGAAGUUUACUGUCCAUUGUGUAAUAAUUUAUAGUAUUACCUUCAUGAUUUGGAGAGUGAUGUCAGAUUUCUGUUGAAAAUAUUUUUAAAAUGCAUUGUUCUGUAAUGAUCAAGGCUAGCAUUAUAUUUACUAUAUUUUCAUUCUAAAUAUAGCAACAUCACAAUCAACUUAGAUGUAGCAGCUUAUUUUUAAAACAAAUUAAUAUUUUUGAUAUCUGUUGAUACAUGUUUUGUAGUUUCAAGUUUUUCACACCAGUAAAACCAUUUGUAAAACGGGGCCUAAUAUAAUUUGAAGAGUGGUAAGAUGUAUGAAAAGUGACAACAUUUUGAGGUUUGUGAGUAACUAGUCGAGUUAUGUCUAUAGGAAUGUAAAUGGGAGACUUCUUUAAAGUACCAAUAUGGAGUGGCUGUAUGAGUAUUGUGUAAAAGGAUUAUUGUAUAAAUUGGGCAGAUGUGUUUGACUAUAACUGUUUGUAUGUAAAAAUGUAUGUUUUGUGAAUGGAGGACAUCCAAAGGUAAUUCUAUGUUUCAAUAUAUAACAUUUUACUGUUAUGACAGGUAUCGAAAAUGGAUAAAUGUCGUUGUUUCAGAAGCAAAAUAAUUUAGACAGAAGUCAGAUUUUCAAUAUUAAACAUUUGUUCAUUCAUCAUGUAUCAAACAACCCCCCCCCC